GGAGGCUUCACAGUACUUGCAACGAAGGGCAUCAGUACCAUGCUAAGUUUGCAAUGGAUCAAAAUCUACAAAUAUUGGAUCACUUAUCCCAUCCUCUUGAUCAGAUACCUCAAUAGGGCACUGAUGAAAUUUGACAGCAAAGUAGUCAUACCCACCCAAUUCGUACUGUUCAACUUCACCGCAAUUACUGGAAGCGCCGUUCUUUAUCGCGACUUCGAACACAUAGCGUUCGAGCGGAUGGUCAUCUUCCUUUACGGAUGUGCAUCGACAUUUCUUGGUGUCUUUGUUCUUGCCCGUCCCACGGAAGACCAUCAGGUGGAGGAAGAAGCACAUGACAGAGCUCACGUCAACAUCGCUCGAUCAUCAUCACUCCCCAGCCAUCCCAGUCGAUCAUCUAGUUUUAACAACAAUGCCGCAGCCUCUGGAGUAAUCCGCUCCGAACUCGGCACGCCUGUGCGACGGGUCUCAGGAAGCGGCUCAAAACUCAGAAAUCGAGCCUCAUCAACUAGUAUUGGUUUUUCACCUGGACAACAUCUCCUCUGGGUUACAGGGAGUACUCAUCCGAGUCCAUCACAGAAUCUUAAUGGCUCCAGCAUCACCCUGCCCGUCGGCAGGUCACCAGCCCCAAGACCAAGACCAAGACUUGGGUCCUCCCGAAGUCCCAGCAGGGACGGAGAGGGACGACAGAGACCCACAGAAACAUAACUCAGUUUCAUUGCUUCAUUUUUGUGCUGCAAUUUAUACCUGUCUAAUUAUACGCAGAGGAUUAUAACUUAGAGCUGCAAUAUUUCCAAUUCCAUCAAGCGCAUCUGAAAAUAACUAGUGACGGGUGCACACAGCACUAUUAGCGAGAUGUAGUCAUUUGCCGAAGCAGGCCUCUGGGGAUAGUUGGUUUGUCAUUGUCAUUCCCACCAGCACUUGGCAGGAAUUUAAAUUUAUUAUUCUUCCACGUGUCCCCUUUAACAUCAGUCCUGUCUUGGUGUCCUUGAUGCGCGAGUGCCUCUGUAUGAUAUUUGGUUUUUGUGGUUGCUUCGGGUUUGAUCUGAUCGGUCCUAGUUGUUUAAUCACGACCUUAGCCGUAUUGUAGCGGAGUUGUCCG